AUGUCGCACUCCCAACUCAAGUCCGAACCCGAAACCCGGCCCUGCUCAGCAUGCCAUCAUCCUCCGGACAGGCUCCGCGGACCUACGGCAGCCAUCACAAGCCUCAGUGCUCUACGCCAAGGGGCAGAGUCCGGAUGCCUUUCGUGCUCUGUCUUGAGUGCCGGUAUUGAUGGCGUCAUUGGCGAUGAUUUGCCCCUGGACGGGAAGAUCCAAGAUGCCGUCGAAAGGCUCCGCAUGGACAUGAAUAUGACGGCAUCAGGGCAGAGUCUUACCUUGACCCUCUUUAAACGCCAGAUGGAGAUUUCCGUUUUUGCUCCCCCACCAUCCAUCGGAGUUUUAGAUCUGCCUCAAACCACAAACUCUGAAGCUAGUUUCCAAUGGGUAGCAGAGAAACUCGGGCAAUGCGGCAACCACCAUGGAUGCCAUCGGACAUGUUCCAACUUGACAGUAACUCUGCCGAGGAGAAUCCUGGACGUGGGUUCUACAGAUGGGGAUCUCGUUCGUUUAAGAGAACUCGAUGCCGAAGACACUGCGGUGCCAAAUUAUGCAUGCUUAAGCCACUGCUGGGGCGCAUCACGGCCUUCGAGAACAGUAAUGGCCAACCUUGAUUCGCAUAAAGAAGAGGUCCCAUGGAGUUCGCUGCCGCCCGUUUUUCGAGAUUCCAUCACCUAUGUGCGCAAAUUGGGGAUAUCGUUGCUAUGGAUCGACAGUCUCUGCAUUGUACAAGAUGAUAAAGAAGAUUGGAGAAUGGAAGCCGCCAAGAUGGCGUCAAUCUACCAAAACGCAUAUCUCGUAAUCUCUGCAUCCAAGUCUCAUAAUUCGGAAGAUGGGCUUUUCGGCGGCAUUAAUGGAGAGUCGAAUCCUAUUGUAAUCCCUAUUCCGUCUUCAAGUCAAGGAUCUGCACUAUGUUUUCGCAAGUCUUUUACACAUUUACCUGGAUACAUGGACCAAAGGCUUGUCAAGAAAUCUCCCCUUCCGACUUUAAAUCGCGGGUGGAUAUUCCAGGAACGUCUUCUAGCUUCGCGAGUUCUCCAUUUUGGGCCGCAAGAGCUCUCAUGGGAAUGCUUGGAGGACUCGGCCUGCCAGUGCACUGGCACAUAUUCUUCCUCGACUGGCAAUGGAGCUACUAAUACAGCUCUUACGAUGUCUGCGCAACGGAUGCUGCAACCGAAAGGUAUUUAUAACCAAUAUUAUUGGAAACAGCUGGAUGGAACGAGACUCAUCAAGGUCUGGCAUAUGUUGGUAGAAGACUAUACAAGGCUUCAUCUUACUUUCGAGAGCGAUAUUUUCCCAGCAAUGUCAGGCAUCGCGAAGAGUUUCCAGCAAUACACAAAAUCGGAAUAUGUUGCUGGAAUGUGGGCGAAAUCUUUGCUGUGUGACCUAGCAUGGCAUAAAGAAACCAUAUCGAGCAGCUCGACGGAGAAUGUCGAAUGGCAUCAACGUCCGAAAGCAUGGAGAGCUCCAACAUGGUCUUGGGCCUCGGCACUUGGCCCCGUGCAAUUUCUCGAUAUAGGAAACGGCUUGGUUCCUUUAUGUGAGCUCGAAGAAGUGAAGUGCUCACCCUACCAGUUGGAUCCAACUGGCGAGCUAAGAAGCGGUCACCUCUUGCUACGUGGCUAUCUUAUAUCGACUUCAAUCCGAUAUAGGCCAUCCGUGAAAGAGGGUUCAAAGGCACCAUUUGACUUGUAUGAACUCGACAUUAUGCACAGGCAAGUGGGCAAUGUAUGGGCAGAUUACGACUCAUCUCUGCCAGGAACUGAUCACGUUGUUUCUGGAACUCCCGUAAAAUGUUUCAUGCUCACGGCAAGACCUGACUCAGGCUCACUGACACUGCUUCUGUUGAACGAGAUUGGCUAUGAUGAGCAACAUUCCUGUACCGUAUGGAAGCGGCUGGGGUUGAUCCAACUAUCGAAACCUCCCACGGUACUCCGGGAUGCCAAAGAAUACUGGUUCGGCGUCUUCAAAUCUCAGUUAGCUAAUACGACACUGGUAAAGAUUAUAUAA